UUUUCCAUAAAUAGGGGUGAGACACAGCUAUUCUUAGUUCGUUUCUUCGCAGCAUUUGUGUUUGCAGCCUUCAAACGUUCACCACAGAAAGUUUUGGAAAGCUUUUCAGAGUCGUCGUGUUCAACCUUCAACAUGUAUCCAACAAGACACCAACCAAAACAAAAUGAACACGCCGCUUCUCCUUCCUGGCGUGGCCGGCCAAUUUCCCCAAAUGACCUCUUAUCCAUCCAAAGGGCAUUACAUGACAGUAGGAAGGAAAACUACCACCUCCAGAAUAAAAUUCAAAAAACUGAAGAAGAGAAACUUCAACUGGAGGAGAAGUGUAGACAGAUGGAAGCGCAAAAUAAAAACCUGGAGGAAAGACAACAACGCCAGCCCAACAUAGAAAUUAUUAAUGAGGGCUGGGGAAUCAGGUUUGGACAAGCCCGAGAGCAGAUCGUCUUCCUGAUUAAAGAAAACAAGCAGAAGACGGCGGAACUAAAGGAGAUGUCCAACCAGCUUCAAGACAGCAAAGCUACUGUUGAGAAGACAGAAUGGGAUCUCCAAUAUAUGGACCAAAUGAAUCAGCUGCUCCAAACAAAGUUCGAUGAAGCUGUGAAAAAAAAUAAAGAAAUCCUCCAACAGACGGAAGAACAGGAGACAAAGCAAAGAGACUUGCAGCACAAACUCAAAGUCACGGAGGAAAAAUACAGAAUGCUGAAAGAAAAGUUGGAUGAAGCACUGUGCCAAAAUAAAGUCCUUCUUCAAGAGAAAGUGCAACAGCAAGAAACAUUGAAAGAAGAGAAACGUAUUGUCAAAGACUUUGAGGGUAAAAAUCUAAAACUGCAACAGUUUUGUAAUGAACUGAAAGACAAAACAGGUGAACUAGAAGGGGAAAAGGAAAAACUGGACAAAAGAUGCUCACAGAUGCAGAAAAGGAUCGAUCACAUGGCGAGAAACAACUCAGAGCUCACUAAGGGGAUAUUGUUGGAAUACAACAACUUGAAGCGCAAACACACUGAAAUGCAGGCGCAAAAGCAACACCAAGACAAAAUACAUGACGACCUGCAGCGUACUCUCCAAGACAUCCACAGAAGAAAUGAGGAGUUAGAAGACAUGUACAAAGAAGUACAAGAGAGAAAUGCAGACAUGCACAAGGACAAGCUAAUGCAGGAGGCAACAUCCAAAGAACUCAAAGAAAAGCUUGAAGAAAAACAAGCAACAUUAGAAGAGGUGGAGCAAACAUGCAAGAAACUUGACAAGCAAAAUGCAGAAACAAUCGAUCAGUUGAGAAUCCUCAUCCUGGAGAAAAAGGCGCUUGUGGAAAAGUCCAUGAAAAAGAAGAAAAAAUGCUUCCGCUUGCCCUGGAGGAGGGACUCUACUGCUUCACCUGAUGUAGCCUCGUCUUGCUCCACCUCUGUCCUUCCCCCAACCAGUCCCGGCAGUUGA